AUGUUCCAUAAGCGCGAGACUGCGACAUCUUCUUCAAGGUCUGCUGUUGGCAGUUUCAGUGAACAGGACACAUCGUUCAGCUUAUCUGAAGCAACGAAAAAAUCUAAGGUUGUUGAGAUUCAUUUCGAUCCAUUGGUGAUGCAUACUAUUUCACUGCUACGGUAUAGUCGUAAAAUCAAUUGCUAUCGAGUAAGAAUGGGACAACCACCAUCAUUACCUGUAUUCAGUCCAAAUAAAUUAAAACUGCCUAAUUCGCAAGAUAUGGCGAAUGAGUUUUCGGAGGAAAAUAUGCAAUUAUUGCUCAGAAAAGCGAUGGCUGUUUUAGCAGCUCAUUUAGGUUUUAUUAGUAGUGGAUCGUUGAAGAAAGCUACUGAAAAAUCUUAUUCAGAAAUGGAAUCGUCUGUAGCACAUCUUCUUUCACGCAUUGUAGCUGCGAGAAUUAAAAGAAUGUGCUUCAACUUGAAUCUUUCACACCAACGGCGAAUAGAGGGCAAAGAAACGGCAUUCCCUUCAGCACUGAUGCAUGCGCUUCGCUUGGAGAAUGUUAGAGAUGUCACAGAGUUGCAAGAAUUCUAUAGGAAUCGCGUCAUCUUCUAUCACGAUCGGAUAUUACUUUCUUGUACACAAAAAUAUGAAAAAGCAACGGAAAAAUUUGCUUCUUUUCAAGCUGAGAAAAUCAAUCAUUUUACGGAUGAAGCUUCCUUGAAAUGUCCUCCUUAG